GCGAGGGACGCUGGGGGUAGUAGUUCCGGACACCGCCGCGCCGCCGCCGCUCAGCGGGUUCCGCACUCCAUUUCCCAGCAGGCAGCGCGGCGGGCCAGGGUCCGGGCCUGGGCGCCUCCGGCCUCGGGGGGCACGGGGGGCAGCGGGGCCGGCCAGCGUGAGAGCCAACAGGCUCACCUUGCAAGCAUACUGCCCGAGCCUGGCACCAUGGAUUCACCACCCAUCACGCCUGGGGAGCUGCUAUGUCUGGGCUCCAGCCUCGCCUUCUCCGGCCUCUGCUACUACCUGUACAGGAAGAAAGCCAGAGUUGUGGCACGCAUACAGGAGGCCCCAAAACUCCAGGUUGAUGACGAUUUACCAGCACUGGUGUCUGCGGCUGAUGGGAGGUGCCUGCCUUACGUUGCCCUGGAAGGCAUAGUGCUGCCAGCCAAGGCUGCGCUGACCAGCCAUUACCAUGAGGGGCUGCAGGGCGUGAUUCAGAAACUGCUUCUAAAAGAGCAUCGGCUGAUCUGGAACAGUUUGGCCCGUAGCUGGAGUGAAAGCGAGCGGGUGCUCUCAGAGCAGGUCUACACUGUCCCCUUCUUGCUGGCCUCACCGUACACUGAGGCGGUGACACAGGUGAGUGUGGAGAGCCCACUCCGAGCUGUCUGCCUGCCGCUGGAGACAGUGUAUGAGCGGUUCCAGCAGCCGGCCCACGGCUUCCGCGACCUACUGGGCCAGUACUUGAGCGGAGAGAAGCCCAAGGGCAUCUUGGAGACAGAGGACAUGCUGCGGGUGGGGGCCGGGCUGACGGGCAUUGGGGAGCUGGCCCUACACCCCGACGGCUCCCUGCACCUCCAGCCACCGGCCCAGGGGGGCGAGUAUUUCCUGUGCUUGGGGGACUGGCAGACGGUGCUGGCAGAGAUGGAGUCGGCCAGUGGGCUCUGGAAGGGGGUGGCCAUGCUGUGUGCCGCAGCGGGCCUGGCUGUCCUCCUGCACGCCCUGUGCCGUGCCUACCGCCGUGCCCGCCUCAAGCAGCAGCCUGAGGACAAAGAGCUGGAUGAGGAGGAGGCUGGGGACUGGGGACCUGAGGACUCCUGUGUGAUCUGCCUGACACGGCCCCGUGACUGUGUCCUUCUGGGCUGCGGCCACAUCUGUUGCUGCUUCCGCUGCUUCCAGGCCUUGCCCGCCCGCCUCUGCCCCAUCUGCCGGGGGCCCACUGACCGCGUGGUGCCUCUCUACCAGGCCUGAGAGCACCUCGGGGGUGCCCAGGGAGGGGCAGUGCAAACCACACCAGCCUGGAACCUGCAGAAAUCUCAGCUGCCCACUCAUGUGCAGCUGUGUGAUUCCUGUUGGGAGGGAGGGGUCCUGGUGUGCCCCCCAAUCAGUUCGGAGUUAUCAGCCUCCUUAUCCUCCCUUUAUCUGCCAGAGGAACCUCUCCAUGAACAUGAAGGCUUGGGGGAAACGUACUCAGUGCCUGAGUCGAGGAGCAGAGUCCCCUGCUCCACGCUGGGGCAUUUCCUUUGGCUACCAGCUGUUUGAUCCAUGCCCCUUUCUCAGCCCUCACCCUCCUAAAGCCACACAGGACAUUUCCCUUGUUUUGCUUUUCCAGUGUGCAGCUUUAUGUGGAGAUUGGCAGGGGCAAGACCGGGGCAGUGGGGUAACAGAGGUCCAACCCCUCUGAGCCACUGCAGUGGCACGCCUUGGUGCCACUGUUGUCCUCCCCCACAGUCCGUGUGCCCCUGCCCAGACUUGGGGGGGGCACCCAGGCACUGAUGGCAAUGAAGUAUGCCCCUUCACCAGCUGCUCUGCCGCCUGAGGAGGAGGACAGUGUCCCUCCAUCUCCCUCCAUAAGGUCCUGGCUCUCCUGGCAUGGGAGAACAGCUCUGAGGUGCCCUGGAGCCUACCUGCACAUCUGGUCCUGCUGCAGCCAGCUUUCUUGCCUGCCUCCCAGCCAGGACUGGGUGCAGGAGCAGUUUGUGGUGUUGUGUGGAGUGAUAAAGCCAAGGAGUGGAGCUCA